AGAGAGAGAGAGAGAGAGAGAGAGAGAGAGAGAGAGAGAGAGAGAGAGAGAGAGAGAGAUGGGUGCGUCAGAGGGCAGUGCGCGGCAAUGGGUGGAGUAUGGACUUCACAAUCGCAGCUUGGCAACAGCUGUGCUGCUUGUCCUGUUCUGGUUGUUGGUCGGAUUGGCAGUGGUGGUGGUGGCUGCGCAGCGACGGGACCCUGGGGGGGACCUGACGAGUCCAGAUCUAGACUUGCAGCAGCCCUACAAGUCACUGCCACGCACAGCGAUUCAGCGAAGCCGUCUUCUUUCUGCCACCAUGUCCGCCUCACAGCGCCGUCGUCACGACUUCGAGGACAAGAGGGGGGAGGAGGAGGAGGAGGAGGAGGAGAAGACGGGGGAGGAGGACUUUCGCGGAGACUCUGGCGCUUCUGAACAACGUGACAAUGGCCAUCCAGAUGAUUCAGAUUCAGAACACUUUCAACUUGAUUUCCUUCAUCGUCCUCGCCGCUUGAUUGGUGCAAGAUACAACAGCCAUACUGGGCAGACGGUAAUCAUCUUCGUCGGCGCAGUAGGAGGGUGCUUUGUGGUAUUAACUGUCAUAAUUUUAAUUAUGGUAUGCUGCAAGCGAAGAAGGGAUAAGAAAGAGAAGAGGGGGAGGGCGGGGGGCGGGGGGGGGGGGGGGGAGGGGGAGCGGGAGCGGGCGAGGGAGAGGCAGAUGGAGGAGGGCGAUCAAUUUGCGCUGAUGCCUCCGGGACAUGUCCUCGGUGAUGGCAGGCUGACCUGGACUGAGAAGACAACCAUCGAUAAGUCUUACUUCGAUCGUGGUUCGGACAUGGCAGAGAAGAAGCGGAGGGGAUGAUCUUGAGAGGAGGAGGAGGGAGGAGGAGGAGGAGGAGGAGGAGGAGGAACUGAUGUGUACUGUAAAUAUAAUUACUACUGAGGAUAGAAGUCACAGUUUUUCGUGGCCUGUGUUUUUUGGAGUGAAUGUGGCAUCUGGUCACUAUUGGGACCAGAUGCAGAUGCUUUCUAGGACAGUCCUCCUCGUCGUGUGCGAGUGUUCGCUGAGAGAGGGAGGUGUCCGCUAGCGAA